AAAUAUUAUUUUUACCUGAAUCUUUAUGUGAUAAAAUAAAACCCACGAGUCCGAAAAGAGAGAAAGAGGAAGAUGAUAUCAAGCAUGGCAGGAGCAGCAGCUUCUCUCUCGACUCUCCUCCUUCUCCUCCACAUCUGCACAUCGACACCGACAGGCUGCCGCGACACGUGCGGGUCCACACAUGUGGAGUACCCCUUCGGCACAGGCCCCGGGUGCGGCUCCCCCCUCUUCAGCCCCUACAUCACGUGCGCCUCCAACGGCACCGGCGACCAACUCUUCCUGAGAACCCACAGCGCCUCCUACCCCAUCAGCUCCAUCUCCUACGCCACCGCCACCCUCACCCUCACCCCUCCCUCCAUGUCCACCUGCGCCUCCAUGCACCCCUCCCCCUCGAACUUCGGCCUCGACUGGUCCUCCCCCUUCCAAAUCGCCUCCUCCACCUUCCUCCUCCUCUCAUGCCAACCCUCCAUCUCACUAUCCUCGCCCCUCUGUGACCCCUCCUUCGACUACCUCUGCGCCGCCAUUUACGCCUGCCCCGCCGUCCUCUCCCCCAACAUGCCGCCCUUCCCUCCCACCAACACCUGCUGCGUCUACUCCCCCGCCAACCUCGACGCCAAGGGCGAGCUCGACCUCAAGGCCAUGAAAUGUAGCGCCUACGCUUCCGUUAUGUCGCUUGGAGAUAACCCUACUGAUCCCACUCACUGGCUCUACGGCAUCGCCUUGAAGUACUCCUUCGGUGGGGCGUUGGAUAAUAACUAUGUCACCACCAAGUGCAGUGCCUGCCAGAGUAGCGGUGGAAUAUGCGGCUUUGCGCCGCCGGGGAAUGCCUUUCUCUGUGUUUGUAAAGGAGGCUAUAACACUAGCUUGGACUGCUCCAAUUACAACCAGAACCAGAACCAGAACUACGUUUGGGACGACUCUAACUCUUCUCGUCUCAUCUUCACUCCUUGGUAUGUUUGGAGUUCUAUUUUGGCUGGUAUCAUUUUGAGCUUAGUGUGAUCAGGAUUCAGGGGAGCCAUUCACUGGAGGAUAUCAUCAACCUUUUUUAAUUAGUAAAAGUUGCUUUAGAAAAGUGCAUUUAAACAAAUGGAAUAAAGGUAUUCUGUAUCCAUUCCUAUGUUGUUUUCGUGGAUUCUUUUUUUUUCUUCUCAGUUUAAAUAGUUUAUGAUCAAAGAAGGGAGCACCAAACUGGUGAGAA